AUGUUAAAUAAAUUGGAAUAUUUCAGUGCUGUACUUAUAUUAAUAACAUUAAGUACAGCUGUGCCUGUAAAAGAUGAUGAACAUUUUCAAUCAUUAAGGCCUUAUCAACUUGAAUUAAAGCAUAAACGAGAUAUACCCGAUGAUUUACCAUGUGGUUGUAAAUCUAAACACGAUGGCCAUUCUUCAGAAAAUGGGGGAAAUCAUGAUGAAUAUUUAAACUAUAAGUCAAAACUACCAAGAUUUCGACGUUCGUUGGACGAAGCAGAUUUAGUGAAAGAAAAUGAUGAUGUUGCUUUAAUUGAAAGCAUUCGUGAAGACCAGAUAAAAAUAAUAAAUUUGGAAAAAAAAUCUUCUGAAGAAUCGGAAAUGGUAAACGAUAGCGAUGAAACAAUAACGAAAACAAAUGCUAGUAAUAUUUCCAAAGACAAUUCAUCUGAAGAAAAUGAUGCUAAUGCAGAUGCAAGCAAAAACGAAGCAAAUGAUAUAUCUGCGGAGAAUUCGCCUGAAGAAAAAGAAAAAGGUAAAAAAAGUGGUGAUGGAGAGGCAAGAAAGAAAAGAAAAGUAAAUAGUACCUCUGAAGAAAAUUCAUCUGAAGAAAAAGGUAAAAAAGGUGGUGAUGGAGAAGCAAGAAAGAAGAGAAAAGUAAAUAGUACCUCUGAAGAAAAUUCAUCUGAAGAAAAAGGUAAAAAAGGUGGUGAUGGAGAAGCAAGAAAGAAAAGAAAAGUAAAUAGUACCUCUGAAGAAAAUUCAUCUGAAGAAAAAGGUAAAAAAGGUGGUGAUGGAGAAGCAAGAAAAAAAAGAAAAGUAAAUAGCACUUCUGAAGAAAAUUCAUCUGAAGAAAAAGGUAAAAAAGGUGGUGAUGGAGAAGCAAGAAAGAAAAGAAAAGUAGAUAGUACUUCUGAAGAAAAUUCUUCUGAAGAAAAAGGUAAAAAGGGCAGUGAUGGAGAAGCAAGAAAGAAAACAAAAGUAAAUAGCACCUCUGAAGAAAAUUCAUCUGAAGAAAAUAGUGAAAAAGAAAGUAUUUUAGUACCACUUUCUGCUCUAGCUUCAAAGUUUCUCAAAUACAAGAAAACUGCAGGUGUAGAAAGUAAAAUCCAAACGUUUGAGGUUGUAACACCGAUACUGGAGGAAUAUGUAAGCCCACUGUAA